AUGUCUACUGUUAAAAUUAACGUUAAAUGGGGAAAAGAAGUAUUCAAAGAUAUUGAAGUUGAUACAUCUUUACCACCAGCUGUCCUCAAAGCACAACUAUUUUCCGUCACAAAUGUUCCAACUGAACGACAAAAGAUUAUGGUGAAAGGACAAACCAUCGGUGAUGAAACCUGGGGAAAAGUAGCAUUGACAAAUGGUCUUACACUUUUAAUGAUGGGUUCAGCUGAUCCAGUACCAGAGAUGCCCACGGAAAAAGUGAAAUUUUUAGAAGAUAUGACCGAAGCGCAACUUGCUCGACACUUACAACAUCCAGGUGGCUUGAAAAAUCUGGGCAAUACUUGCUACAUGAAUGCGACCUUGCAAUGCCUCAAAGGUGUACCUGAAUUGCGUGAUGCUGUUAAACAAUUCCUUCCAACUAAUAUUAGUCAUUCCGGGCAAGGUGCUAUGAUGAUCGAUGGUACACAGAUGGUCACAAGUGCAUUGAAAACAACGUACCAACAAUUGGAUGUUACUAGCGAAGCAUUUAUGCCACUGACGUUUCUUGCAACUAUUCACCGUGAAUUUCCGCGUUUUGCUGAGAAAGAUGAUCAUGGACAUUUGAUGCAACAAGAUGCCAAUGAAUUCUGGGUGCAAUUGAUGCAAGUUCUUCAGAUGAAUCUUCCAGGAAAGAAGCUCACUAGUGAAACAGUAGCGAGUUCAAGUGCUGACAAAAGUUUCAUUGAUCAAUAUUUUGGAAUUAGUACACGAGCAACAAUGAAAUGUAACGAGGCACCUGAAGAACCGCCCACUGUCUCUGACGAACGUUUACUUCAACUCAGUUGUUUUAUCAACCAAGAUGUGAAAUAUUUAUUCACAGGCCUAAAAAAUAGAUUGGAAGAACACAUAACAAAACAUUCAUCAACGCUCAAUCGUGAUGCAAUUUUUACCAAAACAACACACAUUUCUCGUUUACCUUCUUAUUUGACAAUUCAAUUUGUGCGAUUCUUUUACAAGGAGAAAGAAAAAAUCAAUGCGAAAAUUCUCAAAGAUGUUCAAUAUUCAAUGGUGCUCGACGUUUUUGACUUAUGUACACCUGAAUUACAAAAACGUUUAAUGCCAAUGCGUGAGAAAAUCAAAGCAGCUGAAGAUGCUAAACUCGAUCGCGAACGAGCUAAAAAACUUGGUGAACCAGUAACCGAACCGAAAAAUUUAACUCGAUUGCCGACAUCAUUUCCCGAUGAUUUGGGUUCGAAUAAUAGCGGCUUUUAUCAGUUAAAUGCUGUUCUUACACACAAAGGUCGAUCUAGUUCCAGCGGACAUUAUGUCGCAUGGGUUCGUCGUAGUCAGAAUGAAUGGCUUAUGUUCGAUGAUGAAAAUGUCACUCCAGUGACAGAAGAAGAUGUUCUGAAAUUAUCUGGAGGCGGUGAUUGGCAUACCGCUUAUUUACUCAUUUAUGGUCCACGAACGAUCGAAUACGAAGAAAAGUCGAAUGACGGUGCCAGUGGCGAAGCUAAUGCUACCGCAAUGGAUACAACAACAUCAGCCAAUGGUGCCAGAACUUAG